UCGACUGAAGGUGAAACAACAAGAUGGCGCAGAACGUUUUUGGCCUCCGCUAGCAGGCGUUACUAACAACCCUUGCAGAGGACAGAUUGCUUUUCAAAGUGCUGAUUUGCACUCGGAGACAAGGUUAUACAGAAUGUAUGUCUGGAACAGACUUCACACGACAGCUAUGGUCGUACAGGAGUGCUGUUUUCUGCUGUUCUCGGUGUUAGUGCUGGCCGAGACGGACGAGGCAGACUGUCCAUCCCCCUGCUCCUGUUCCGACCAGUACGGGGAAAUCGUGGUGAGCUGUGGGGGACAAGAUCUCGCGAGAAUUCCCGAGCACAUCCCAGCAUCCGUCACCUGGCUCGAUCUGAAGUACAACAACAUCACCAAAGUCACAUCUAAGAGUUUCAAGGACAUAACCGAAGUAAAGGGAAUUAAUCUUAGCCAUAACAAAAUCCGCAAGAUCUCAGCAGAUGCGUUUAAGAAUCUGAAGCAUCUGGAUAACCUUGACCUGUCCCAAAACUUGCUUAAGACCAUUUCAUACGACAUGUUCAAACUCCCCAUAGACUCAGCUGUAAAAGAAGCUAGGCAUUUCUUUGUCGACUUAGCAAUGAACCCCUGGCUGUGUGAUUGUAGUUUGGCUUGGCUAACAGAGAUGUUCAGAAAUGGGUCCCACAUGUUCAGCAGUAGGUUUGUGACGUGCGAUGGUCCAGAAACUUUAAAAGGUGUAGAUGUGAAAGAUGUAUCUCUUAGUGCAUUCUUGUGUCCCAUUGCAACAAUUGCACCAACGGAAGAAAAAGAGAACAGCACCUAUAACUCUGUGUCAGCAGAGGGGAGACACACUACUAGUAACUUCAUGUUUCUUCCCCUGGUUUCGUUUGCUGUGUUGAUUGGGUUUCUUGUAGGAGCAUUGAUUGUCAGAGGGUGUACUGAAAGGCACUGCAAACAUAGGUAUAAGAGAAUACCUAACAUGUUGCCCACUGGACCUCAAAAAGAUGGCUUUGUCUGAGAUUACAUAUGUAUGCUAUUCGAUGUGAAUUUUGAAAAUCUUGAUAAGCUUAUUUUAACCUCUAUGUGACAGGUAGAUGCUUAACGAAUGUGUUUUCCACAUUUGUAUUGUACAUAUGCCUUGGUAAAAGUGACAAUGUAUAUAGACUUCUAGCUUUACAUUUUGACUUAUUGUAUUGUAUGGUGUACAUAUGUACUAUAGAUAUGCCUUGGUGCAUGGUCAUGACAAUGUACAUAGAUAUCUCGCUUUAACGAAUUGCACUGUUUGUACAUUAUGUGUUGUAUUGUAUAUAUGAAGUUUGGGUGUCGUGUGGCUCUACAUUAUGCUUCAAAAGUCGUACGAAAUGAAGCAUUUAAUGAGGGUAAUAGGUCCUGUAUUUACACGGAGAACAGCCUCUUUCACAAGGCUACGACUGAUUUUGUGUGCUGCUGUUUGUUUGACAUAAAACAGU